GGGUGAGGGCUGUUUGGAGGAAGAGGAGCAGUGAGGAGGAGCUGUCUGCGGCCAUGCAUGGAGAGGAUGGGAGGAGAAAAGGAGCGCAGCACUCGGAGAGUUUCUCCGCUGAAAAACUUAGUGGCUGGAGGAGUCGGAGGAGCUUUUCUGCUGCUGGCUGGACACCCGCUGGACACCAUCAAGGUGAGACUUCACACACAACCCAAAGCUUCUUGUGGGCAGUAUGUGCUCUAUACAGGCACAUACGACUGCCUCCGUAAAACUGUAUCCAAAGAGGGUCUUCUGGGCCUGUAUAAAGGUAUGGGUGCUCCUCUAGCGGGUGUGGCUCCAAUGAUGGCCAUCAGUUUCUUUGGCUUCGCUCUGGGAAAACAGCUCCAACAGGCAGACCCCGGCAAGUCCCUGACGUACGCUCAAGUAUUCCUGUCUGGCUGUCUGGCAGGAGUUUUCACAACAGUCAUUGUAGCUCCAGGAGAGAGAAUCAAGUGCUUGCUACAGGUACAGGCCAGUAGUGGUGAGCUGAGGUACAGGGGUCCACUUGACUGCGCAGUCAGGCUCUACAAAGAGCAAGGGAUCCGCAGUGUCUACAAAGGGACGGUGCUCACUCUAAUCAGGGAUGUGCCUUCUAGUGGAAUGUACUUCCUUACGUAUGAAUACCUCAAAGACAUCCUGACUCCUGAGGGUGAAAGUGUCUCUCAGCUCAGCACACCAAAGAUCCUCCUUGCUGGUGGAACAGCAGGAAUUCUGAACUGGAGUAUCGCUCUUCCCCCAGAUGUCCUUAAAUCCAACUUCCAGACAGCUGCAGAAGGGAAGUACAGAGGUCUGUGGGAUGUCUUAAAAACACUGCUUUGAGAAGAAGGACCCCAAGCUCUUUAUAAGGGAUUCAAUGCUGUGUUCAUCCGAGCGUUCCCUGCCAAUGCGGCCUGUUUCUUGGGGUUUGAGGUAGCGCUAAAGGGACUAAACUGGCUGGCUCCCACUUGGUGAGACUGUUAUUCGUUAGCAGUCAAGAACCAAACUCUAGUCAUAACAAAGCUCUUUUGUCAGUUACACGUUUCUGUGUGUGUUUUAGGUCUUUGAAAUUGCAUUUCAGAAUUUUAUGCUGUGAAUUUUAUAUAGAAAUUUGACAUUUUGUUAUUAUUA